CUUGAUUUGACUGGUUGCAGCUCGUCGACCUUGAUCAGCAUUUUCACGAAUACUCGGAAUCUAUUUUGCUCUACCGUCGACGAGCAUAUACUAAUAACAACACUUGGCUGGUACUCGUAGUGCAUUAAGGCCAGUUGUUGACCGCCAACUUGACAUGAACGUCCUUGGCGUGCGGGGAUUGAAGAUUGCCCCUUGCCCCUUGACGGUUAUCACCAGAAUAAAGAUACAAAGCUGGAUUUUCUAGGUCGGCCAUCAUCACUCAUGAUUCCCAGCCAUAUCAACUGUGAUUCCUGUUCUCAGGCCAUCUUACCGUCCAAGCCACGGGUUCACUGCCUCACCUGUGCCGACUACGACUUGUGUGCUGAUUGUGCUCUCGGCGAACGAUUUACACGCCAACACGACUCGUCUCAUCGCACCCAGAUAUACAGGUUCAGUGGAGGAGGCGACUUGCCGCCCUCAUUGUCAGAGACUGUAUCCUUGACCUAUACUGUUCCUGUUCGUCUCUCUCCAACUUCCAGCAGUCCUCCGCCUCUCCCACCGCGUAGGCAAUCAUCAGGCCCACCGCCCCCAUUACCACCGAGGCCCAACUCUGGUAGCAGUGCAUCAGAAAGUCCUAGCGCAGUCCCACCAUCUCCACGUAUUCCCCCCACUGAUCCACCAAACGUCACCGCCGAUCGUAGCGAGAUGCUAGCUUGGGGCCCGUUGUUCGACGAUUACAUGAAUGUCACUGCCGUCGGCGACGUGUUCUUCAACACGAUCUUCACAUUUCUAGACCCGUCGUAUACUGGGUAUCUCACCCCCGAAGCAUACUCGCGGUUCUUGGAUGAUCAAGGGUACCUACUUCACGAGAACGUCUGGAAAUCAAACCUCGUUGUGGAUACUAUGUACGGUGGUUCCGAGGAGAACAUGGCGGACAAGGCACUGAGAAACGCCUACGACCUCUUUUCCAUCGAGCACGUCCUCAAGCAUAGACACAACCCACCGGGAUCCACAACUCCCUCCGUAACAACCCAGCUACAGGGUCUAUUCGGGAACGCAUUUAAUCCGGCAAUGAUGAGUUCCGCUCCCCUCCAGACUUUGAGUUCUCAGAUGCCCCUCCUUACACGGAAGGGUUUCAUCGACAUAACAACCGUCGAGGUCCUCUCUGACCCAUCGAGAGCCUGGGGGAACCUCUCACGCGUGUUGAGAGCGUACGAGCUAGAGCCGUUCCGUGGACGGGGGGACAUGCCGCGGAGUGUAUUGCCAGAGGCGGCAAACCAGAGAAUGCUCGAGCGGGUACGAGCUAUUUCGAGCUUUGCAAAGGUGAGGGGAGAGCAGCAAUUGGUGUCGGCGAUGGAGUUACGACGUCAAGGAAGGGAGAACGCUCUUGAUCUUGUUGGGGAUGCACGGUACCGAUAUGUAUAUAGAUAAACCGAAAUCAGGUGAAAUGUACUUGUAGCUGUAGAAAUAGCCUUAGUGUAGUGUAUUAUUUAACAUGAAUCAUGUCUUUAGUCUAC